ACGCGUACCUCUAUAAAAGUGUCAUCGUGCCAUUCUCGAGAAUAGUUGGGCGCUGUGCAUCGAGCGAACAUGAUCGAGUUUCUAGUAUUAUUCCUUGGCGUUUACGGGGUAUUGGCGGCUCCUCAUGCGCUCCACGUGAAUCAUGAUCCUCAUCUGGAUAAUAAUGCGGAAGUGGUCGACGGGAAUCUUCCCGGUACGGAGAAUCUGAACGAGAAGGCGCUUCCGGUAUCUCGUUUAUUCGCUACGGGAUAUAGUAAUUUGCCAGCGAGAAAUAAUCUAGCCGAGAGAUCUCAGGUACCUCCACGACUUCCUGGGACGACGAAUCUAGCAGAAAAGCGAAUUCCAGAUAUCAUUCUGAAGAGAUUGUCGGAAAUGUUUGAUGUCAAAUAAAGAGAAGAAAAUGGCAUUUGAAAAUAUAACAUUUUGUUUGAUAUUUUUAAAAUAUAUUAGACUGCCAUUGUGUGCCCAUUAUAUCUAAAAAAUUUAUAUAAGCUGUAUAAAUGUUUUUGUUAAAUAUAAUUAUAAGUUAUAA